AUGUCCACGACGCCCACGGCUCGCGCGCUGUCCUGUGGCGACAUACUCCAGGAAAUCUUCUUCAGACUACAGGAAUGCGAUGAAGAUGGCCGGCGGCCGUUUGCAUCGCUCGCUCGUGCGGCUGUCGUGUGUAGAGCAAUGUCGUUCCACGCCUUAGACGCGCUUUGGGUGGAAAUCGACUCGCUCAAGCCUGUCCUGCAACUACUCCACAUUCCCAACCAGCCGCCAGCAUGUCAAUGUUCUGAUCUCGCAGUUCCUCAGUCCACAGUGUGUAUGCAACGCAAAAACGCUGUAGAUGCCCUCUCGGCGUCAAGAUUUCAACAGUACGCGAGGCGGGUUCGGGCAUUGUGCAUACGUUACGGCGAGAUGGACCAGAGCGCAUGCUCUGCACUCAUGCACGCUCUGAGCAGCUUUCAGCCCACUGAUGCCGUUAUACUUCCCAAUCUGCGGCACCUCAGAUUGGAACAAGUCGUACCAGACCUAGGCCUCACGCUCGUCCUCGCCCCUUCGAUUCGCCAUCUAGAGCUGCGGCACGCCGACACAUACUUCCUCGAAAAUAGUAUGCUCGUUACACAUGGAAAAUUGCCCGUCCUUCAAUCACUCCACGUCACCGGGAGCUUCGCGGAUACGUUGUCGUUUCUGCAUGUGAGCUGCUGGUCGCAACUUCGGGUCUUCAGGUCAUAUGGGUCAUCCCUUGACUCUGAGACCCUCAACACUCUGUCUCAGAUGGAGAGUCUGCAGGAGCUCCAUUUGGAUGUGACCGACGACCUCACGCAUCAUACUGAACAUGGCGGGUUCCUACAUUUGAGGAUUCUAUCCGCCAGCGGGGAUCCCGCCGAUGUCGCCCAGGUACUUGCGUGGUUCCAGCAGUCACCCCACCUGCACACCCUCCGUCUCAUCGACAUCGAAUUGCAACCGGGAGAAACAUGCCCGCGCCUCGUCGAGGCGCUCUCGGACCUCCAGCACAUCGAGUAUUUCUCUCUGGACAGCAACUGCGAAGGCGACCCCGACUUCCUCGACUUCCCCAGAUUCUGGCGCGGCCUCAAGACGUGCAGAAUAUCGGUCGAGUGCUACUGCGGCGAGCACGAACCGAUAGUUCCCCUGGAGCUCCUGCUCCAAUACGCGCGGCAGUGUCCGUAUCUCGAAGUGCUCUCUCUGCCUCCGAUCGAUUUCCAGCCGAUCUUGCCUCCCCGUGCACCCGCGAAGACCGUGACAGAAGCAAUAUCGAUGUCUCUACGCGAACUGAACAUUGUCAACAUGGAUUACGGCGAAUUUUGGGACUGGAAGAAAGCUCUGCCGACAUUUAUCGAGAGGUCUUUCCCAACAUUGGACCUCGAGCGGAUGGCGCGGAGUGCGGACAAGCGUGUGAAGAAACCGUGGCCUCCGCAUGACGAGAAAUGGCUGAGGUGGGCGACGGUUGUCGAGAGAGUCAGGGCUUUGCGGGACACGCAGACAGCGCAGGGGUGA